AGUCGGACGCCUGAGUGUGUUUACGCCGCAACGUGCAAUGCAGUAGCAGAGUAGCACUUAGCACAGCUGAGUCUGACAUUAAUGUUGACCAUUUAGCAUUUAUUUGGAAUAAAAAUGAGUAGGAAGCGUUGCAAUAAAGACGCGGUGGAACACCAUGUGGCGGCCAAAAAAGAAAAGUUUUCCGAGUUCAACGGGACUGUUUUUAAAAGCAUGCUGAAGGAUCCCACUCAAGCCAUGAAAGGACUUGAAACCUUCAUAGACAUCGCCAGGAAGCUGCCAUCCCCCCAGCUGUACGAUGUGGUGGAAGGUUACGUGAAAAUCUCCAUGGAGUGUGCGGAGAUAUUCCAACUGCUGGAAGGAGACAAACAAAUAGAGAGUGAGAUGUUGCUGAUCUUCGAGAGUUUGGAGGUGAUUCUCCUGAGGACAGCCAGUGAUUUGUCCCACUUCCGCAUGGUCGGCAACGCAAUCGUGAAAAAAACAGUUUCCAGCCACAUGAGGAUGAUUCAAGGGUGUUUUCAAUCACGGAAUCACAGAUUGGUGCGCCUGAGCCUCAACCUGCUGUCUGCGUCCAUAUCUCAGGGGCCCGAAGCUGCCAGAGAGGUCCUAAGUUACGUUUACAUCAAUAAAACGCUCACUGAUCUCGUCAAGUGGAAAGAUCGCAAGGGAAAACCUGACGUCCGCAUGGCCUUCAUCCAGUUUGUGCUGGCCUUCUUGGUGUCAGGAGACAGUGCAACCAUUGGACGUAUAAUAGAGAUCAAAGAGUUCCUGCCGACCAUCCUGAGCACAGGGCUGAAGGAGGACAGGAUGUCCAUAGUCAAUCUCAUUUUGUCCACGCUGAAGACCAAAGUCCUCUUCGACAAGGCCAUUAGCAAGACGCAAAAAGUGCGCCUCUUCACAGCCGCCACCAUAUCCCACAUUGCUUCGCUGUACAAAUGGAACGGGAUUGUGGACGCCACCGCGGGUGAUGAGGGGGACUCCGAUCCGACUGGGAUAACCGUGGUGAGGAAGCUCGUUCACAGUUUUCUUCUGGACCUGUGCUGCUCCAGGAAGCACGGGAUCCCCUUUCAUGAUGCCAGCUUUGGCACGGCCGGUAGAGCUGGAAACAUCAUCCUGCUGCAGUUCCUGGUGGGCCUGAAACAGGCGACCGAGGACGAGCUGGUGGCCCAGCUGGCGGCCCAGACAUUGAGAGCGAGUCCAGACGUGGUGACGAGAUACUUCAAGGAGACGCGGCACUGGUACACGCCUCGGCCCAACAGUGCUUGGCAGGACACUGUCGGGCUGCUCAAGAAGAUCUACGAGGCCCAGCCAGGGAUCGGCAUCGUGUUCCAAGCCAACGAGCUCAUUCCUAUUCCUCGCCUGCUGUCCAUGAUCCUGGCCAUCUCGCUUCCUCCGGUCUGCACCAAGGCCUUCUUCAAGCAGGGCAUGAGUUUAGCCAACACCGCCGCGCAGCUCACCACCUUCUCCACCAUCAGCUUCAUCUUGAAAAAGGCGGACACGAACGCGGCGUUCCUUCUGGAGUACCGUUCUGACGUGUACACACCUGAAAUAAUGGGCGAGCUGCUCCAGCAGUACCGAGAGAUGCUCAGCAAGAUUUUGCCUGAUAUGACCAACAUCGUUGAAAGGUGGCAAUCGCACACCAAGAAGGAAAGUGAGACCGACCAGAAAGUGAGAGCAAAACAGACGAACAAGAACAACAAAGUGUCUGUUCCAGAAACGCCCGAGGUGAUCCUGCUCAAAGCUCUGAUCCUCCAGGUGAUUUGUCUCUACCAGAAAGUAGUUCCACACCUGGUCAGCCAGUGCAAAUUUGACUUCAGCAAGUUCCUCAAAGGGGUUGUGUCAGAGGGAGGAGUGAACCAAGAGGUCGCCCCAGUCCUUCAGCAUCAGAUUCUACAACUGGCCUUGGACAUUCCUGCCAGCAAGUUCUCAUGGUUCCGCCUUCAGGAAGCCAGCCAAGAAGAGAAGUCAGUGAUUUAUUUGCUCCUCAAGAUGUUUGUCAACAGCGGCUGCAGCCAACUGAAGACCUCCACACGGAUGUUGGUGGUGAAAGUGUUAAAGGACACCGGUGUGUUUGAGUACACUUGGACCGAACUUGAACUCUGGCUUGACCAGCUGGACCGAGUAGAACCCAGCCAACAAGAGACGGCCGUGCGCUUCUUGGAGCAAGUGUUUGCCAGGGUGGUGAGCCAUUCCCACAUGUACACAGAUAAAGUUGCCAGCCUGGUGCAGGAGGCGGCCGAACUGCAGUCCAACCUGAGCGGCCCCGAGGGCGACGCCGCCAGUGUCGCCGUGUCCCACAUAGACGAUGUCCUGGACAUGCUGGACGUCAUUAUGGAGGGCAAUGAUGCCAACAUGGAGGAGGACGGGCCGCCUCUGAGCCAAGACUCCAUUGUUCAAAUGUUCCCCUUCAGCGUGGCUGUCCUCGCCGCUCUAGAGGCCCGGAACAAACUCCCAGCAAACAAAGGCGUGGCGUUUGAGUACUUGUACGCAGUGCUAUGCCACAUUCUUCACAGCCAGAGGGAGCCGCUCCCGCUCUGCUUGGGUCUGCUGCAGUACGACAAAGACCUGGCCUCGUCCGAGCCGCCCGUCUCUCCUCACGGCUCCGUGGCUCACCUGCAACGCUACUACUCCAGGUGGCUCCCACAGCAGUGUCGAGAGGAGCUGUUAGAGUUGCCCGAAUGUCAGCCGAAGGAGAUGCUGACUUCCUUCACUGCGCUGAUGAAAGCUGCCUACCUUGACGGCCUGAGCGGCCUGCCGGAGGACAGCUUCAGGAAAGAUGUUGAAGAAGCCGCCGCUGCCUUGUCGGUGGCUGACUUCCCGCUGGCCAUCAAACAGAUUUUACUCUACGUCAAAUCCACAGUGGAAGACUUUGGCACAUUUCCCCAAAACACUGGAUGUGCUAUUUUGAAGACCUUAAUGGAAAUACUGCAAGACGUCUUGUCCAGGCUGCAAGGCUGGCAGGUGUCCACGGACCCUGAGCCGGCAGAACAGAGCUACCAAGAGGGUUCUGACCUCUUCCUGGAAGUGAACCAGUCGUCCACCGGCGAGGCCAACAAAGAGCAGAUGCUUCUCUCGGCGUUGACCUCCAUCUUCAGACAUCCGUGCCUGGAGCAGUGGUACCUGGCUUUGGAACUGUCCACGCUGCCGCCCCACUCGCUGAACCCGGUCCGACUGAAGGCCAUGUGCACUCAACUGAGCGAUGGCAUCGUGACCCUGCUGACGAUGGCCGCCGCCACCUUGUGCGAGCUGGGCCACCUGGAGCUGCUGGUGGCCUACACGGGUGCUGUGGAGAAAGCCGUGCGCAAGGAGCUGUUGGAGCUGAGUGCCCAGACUCCUGUGAAACUUUCCAGACCUUUCCAGGCUCUCCUGGCACUGCACAGCUACAUGGACCCCUUGCAAGUGAGAGACUUGGUGUCCGAGUUGCUGCUCCUCCCUCAGGAGAGGCUGGUCAUCAGCGCCGCACGGACUCAACCCAGCGUUUACGGCCAGGCCGCGCUGCAGAUUCUCACCGAGUCCACAGCCCGGCGGGAUCAGGAGCGCGGCACAUUCCUGUCGCAAGCUCACCUCCGCGGCCUGGGUACGCUGCUGCUGUCCUGCUCCAGCCCGGCGCUGGAGGCGUUCCUGCUCCAGAUGCUGACCGGCGAGCCCGCAAGCGCGCAACUCAUCCACUCGGACGUGCUGGUGCACUGCCUCCAGCAUCCGCUUCCUCACACCCUGGCCAUCGGGUGCCUGCUUCUGAAGAACUGCUCCACACAGCGCCUCUUCUUUGAGACGUGGUGUCUGCAGCCGGACAACGCCAACAAGCUGUCGGACAUGAUGGAAGACUUCCUCCCGCUGAUUGGAACCUACCUGCAGGUGGCUACCAACAAGGAUCCAACCAGGCCUCAAGAUGUGCAAAAGGAAGUGUCGAACGCACUGAAGGAGCGUCUCCUGGCCAAGUUGAUUCAGUCUGCUCUCGGAGACGCCACAGAAGACGCUGUGGCGCUUGAAGCGCUGGCGGCUCUGAUCAAGCUCUCUGCAGACGUGGCGGACAUCAGAGACUUGAUGACUGACCUGCCCGCUGCCCUGCAGAAAGUGGACAGUUCUGAAAGGUGGAAGCUGGUAGACGUCAUCACAGAGAAGCUGGCUGACUCUCCAGAAGAAGGAGACACGUGGAGGAAGAGUAUCACCUCGGCUGCUCUCAAGUGUCUGAUUGCUUCUUACAAAGAUCAGCCAACAGCCAUCACAUCCAUCCAGGAACAGAACAUCUUGGAAAGACUGCAGAGGCUCGUCACGUCCCCUGAUGCUGCUGCAGACAACUGGAACUCUUUUGUCCAGACAGGACUGAAGUAUCGCUACAGAAAUCAGCAUUUCCUGAACACCCUGCGAAGCCUUCUGGAGGGGUUGUACCACCCCCCCGCCAUGGAGAAAGGCCUGCUACCUUUGUCCACCCUCCACAUGAUGGCCAGCAGCCAUUCCUUGUUCCUGCCCACCAUGCUGGACCCUGAUGACGACGACGAUCCCAGCAGAAGUCAGACCAAAGAGGCCUUAGUGUCUCUCCUCUUCUGUCUGGUGAAGAAAUGCCCACAAGUCUGUGACAUGAGUCACUUCCUGGUACUUCUGGGAGCUUAUGGAGCAACACUCAGCACUACAGAUCAAACAAUAUUGCUGCUACUUCGGGAAUAUGAAAAAAACCACGUCAGUCUCCUCAAGUUUCAGUCUGUUUUGUGGGGCGCGGCGGCUGUGGAGCACCACAAAACCAGGAAGAGCCUGGGAUCUUCUCUGUGGAAGCAGACCCACUCGGAUGACAUCUUGGCCUUGUUAAACGCCGACAAGAUGCUCCAAACCGUUGUGCACUUUCCCCAGGAGCGCAGGAUUAUUCCAAAGGUGGAUGAAGAGAUGCUGUUCCACCAAAACAAUGGGGAUAUGUAUGACCCGUCUUUUCUUCUACCUCUGUUCAGCUUCAUUCUCGGACCAGAGUCUGUGGUGGACUGCCGCAAGUUCAUCUCCGUCCACGCCCUGGGACUGACCGUCGUGGCUCUGAGCAGCAGCGACCCCAACGUGCGGGCGGCGGCGUACCACGUGCUGACCUGCUUCUACCACCACCUGGAGGCGGCACGCAUCGGACUGAAGGAGCAGCUGCUGUACCUGCUGGACAUGCUGAAGAACGGGAUUCGAAAGCAGAAUAAAAGAAUUCCCUUUGUUUUGACCAUUUACAUCAGCAAAGUGGUUCAGCUGAUGCUCAAACCAGAGGACCAAAUGUACUUGGCUAUGAACCGCUUCCUGCUAUCCCGCCAGAGUUUGGACUUAUGGAGGCUGCCCACGUUCUUCAGGUUCUUCUAUGGCUUUGACCCGGAGCACAAAAAGCAGCGAGAGUGGAUCCUAAGCCUGCUGGAGGAAGGAUUAAUUGACGGACAUUGCUACGAUUUAUGCAACCAGCAAGGCCUCUUCCAGAGCCUGCUUGGCUUUAGCAGCAGCCCCUUGUGUGACGAUGACACUCAGAGGCAGAUCAUCAAGGUGUUGUGUCAGUCUGCACGUGUAGUCAAAGCGGCCUACGAGCUGGGCAGCAAUAAUGGCCUACUGAGCUGGUUGAUACAAAUGGUUGAAAAAAGGAACCUCGAGCAGCAUUUGCUGGAUUCUGUCAUAGACAUGCUGCACACGCUGUGGUUCACCAACGUUGAGAAGAAGGAGAAGGCGUUGGAGCAAAUAGAAAGUUCCUCACUGGCAGAAACGAAAGUCAAGUGUCUCCCACUCACACUCAUCAAUGAAUUCCAAUGCCUGGCUUUAAGUGUGAGCCGGCGCUUGAGGUUGGGCGUGAAGGCAGCUCAGUUCAGCCUGUUCCUGCAAACACUCACCUCCAUACUGAAGCAUCAGGUCACGGCUCUCCGUGUGGCAGAAGGUGCCCAGCGACUGGUGUUCCCCCCGCAGCCUCUCUCCACUGUCAACGCUCUCGCUCUGCUCCUGUGCUGGACCAGCCUGUCCGGCCACACGGCGCUGCUCGGCCAGAUACAGGGCUUGUGUGAAAAGCACAGACUAAAGGAACUGUUGACGACUGGUAAAGACAGGAUACGGGCGAAAAUCUUCCACGCCCGAGCAAAAAAAGCGAAGCUGGUGGAGGAAGCUGAGACAGCGGAACAAAAGCCGAGUCUCCCGACCGAGUGUCGAUUGUUUCUCAGCAACAUUUUAAUGUACUGGCGUCCCGUGUUGGCCGCCACCGCACGCCCACCAAAGGACGCCGAGCACCCCGGUGUGCUGGCUGUCCAAGCGGCCCACCUGGUCACCAAAUGGGUCCUGGGGUGCUUGGUGGAGGACGCGUAUGACAAAGAGCGCACCAAAAGAUUCUUGCUGUGGCUGGAAGACAACGUGCUGAGGCAAGAGGAGAUGGUGGACAUUCUCCUGCCGGAUGCUGGCUUCCAAGCAGACCUGCUUCGCCUCUACCAUCGCGUCUGCCAGGCGACUGUUCCAGGGGCGACGGAGAGCUUCCGCCUGUUCACGGACAUCAUGAUUCGCUUACUGGAGAGACGAGGGAAACUUCCGGAGAAGCACGGGGCCAUCGUCUCUGCUUGCCGGCCAGAAGACGCCAAAGAUCAGUGGAAAAGGGAAGCGGGCCUGUCCCUCCUGUCUUUGUACAUCCACGAGGUGUGGAGCGGACACGACUCGGCGCAACUCUUCCUGUCUCACGUCGCCAUGGUGACCGGCGACAGUCAUAAGCGGGGAGAAAGCGGAAAAGCGCCUCAGACCGAAUCGGCAAUCAGGGACGUCUGCCGGGACUUGAUGCACGUUAGAUGAAUCUUUGCUUCUUGGAAAAGUCAAAUGUGAGCUUUUCAGACCAAAACAAUGAUCCUGUACUUGAAAAUGCCAUUUGCCAUGUUUUAUUAGAUGAAAGUGGAUGAUCUGGGUCUCCUUUGACGUCCGCGCCUGGGACUCCUGCAAGGAAAGGAGGCAGACAUGUCUCCUACAUUUGUAUGUUUUUGCAUCUUUUUGAGGACAACUCACCAAGGCAAGGGCCAAGUGCCUGAUAUUAGGUUCAAAGUGAGGAAAAGGACUCCCACAAAAGCCGCCAGGAUGAUCCAAAAUACAAUAACAACCGAGUCUGGAAGGUGAGGGAUUAGUGCGGCACACAAGAAAUAAACAAAAUGUCUAUUUUUGAAAUAAAGCCACUUACAUUUAUUGUAUUUCAAC